AUGAUGAGGCAGAGGAUGGCCACGUCCACUAUGCAGAACAUCUGGAUACCCCGCGUCGUUCUCCUCAAAAGGCCGCCGCGGCGGCUCGCCGACGGCGACGGUCAAGCUCUGGACGGCCUCCUGGACGCACGCCCCCACGUCCGCCAGCGCCGAGCGGAAGAACCUGGCAGGCCCGCGAGGAGCCGGGGGAGGAGCGAGCCGGUGGCGAGCGGGGUGCCCUCCGCGCCCGUGCGGGCCGAGGAGCCGUCCGGCAGGGCCUCGAGCUGCAGGGCCACGGACGCCGCCACGGUCACCACGGUGCACGCCACGUAG